AUGUCGUUCGAGUACUACACAAACUGGUGGAUCCAGUCCAAGAAGAAUCUGGAAGAGCUCAACAACAAAGAUGAAGGUAUCAGAGCAAAAUUCAAGCCCAUUACCGACAGAAAUCUAGCUAAUCAGCUGAUUGGCGGAUUGUAUACCCAUUAUUCUUUAUUGGUCCAGGAUUUGAGCGCCUGCGUCGACCAAAUGGCACAGGCUCAAAAACGUUUCUCCGCCAAAAAACUCCUAGACUCGGCCUGCAUCCGCCUCAACGAGUUCAACGAUGAACUUAGAAAAAUAAGUCUCUCCGAGUACCACUACAUCGAUGACACGUUAGUCGAACUCAAACUGAUACCUUAUAACGUCGAAAUUCUACAUCCGAGCUUGUUUCAUCAUCGACCAGUUGAUAUCGAGGAUAUGAUUUCCAGGAUCAAGCAAGGGGAAAGUAUUUAUGUUCCUCCGGUACUGACAGUGGUUUAUUCGGAUACAGAUUUACUGGAACAGGAUAAGGAUGAACCAGCAAAACUGAAAAACGUAAAAUCUGUAGCUUUCAGUUCUAAAACUGAACUUCCUGCGCCCGAUGUAAAAAGGAUUUCUUUGGGAGAAGGCGGCGAGGGAGAUGCUUCGACCCAGAAAUCAACAGCAUAUGCAAUAAGAUUAUCGAGAGACGUCUUAACACUUCCAGGAAUUGAUUUGGAACAACUCAAAAUCAAAAGACAACAAACUUCCUUUAUUGACGCGCUGCUUUGCAUCCAGAUUGCCGAAAGAGCGCGCCAAGAACGGCUCUACUUCCACGAUAAAAAUAUCAUAUAUCAACGCAGCAAGGCUUUGAGAGAUAUUAAACUCAAAGGCAAACCUCUGAAACCUGCAGCUGCAGAUGUAGCCAAUCUGGCUGCUGCUAAAAUUCAGAAAGUAUUUAGGGGUUACAAAGACAGGGAAACGUUGAAAGCCAGAGAACAACAAAGAAGGCUACUGAUAGGUAUAUACCUGAUUGUGUAG